AAAGACCAACGAACUCUUUUUCGAGACCAACAGACAUAUUUGCUACCCAAGUUUUCCCUUGUCACAAACAUGACUAUGAAAGAAUUCACCCUUCCUGCUGGUGAAGGCAAGAAAGUGUGCGUCGGCGGCGGUGCCGGAUUCAUCGGCUCGCACAUUGCCCGUCGUCUCAAGGCGGUUGGCUACUACGUCGUUGUCGUCGACUGGAAGAAGAACGAGUUCAUGGAAAACAGCGAAUUCUGCGACGAGUUCAUCCUCGGCGAUCUCCGCAAGCUCGAAGUUGCCUGUAGCGCCUGCGAAGGCUGCGCUCAAGUCUACAAUCUCGCCGCGGACAUGGGUGGUAUGGGCUUUAUCGUAUCGAACGAGUCUGUGCUCGCCUUUAACAACACGGCCAUUUCGAUGAACAUGCUCGAAGCCGCUCGUCGCAACAAGGUCAAGGAUUUCUUCUACUCCAGUUCCGCAUGCGUCUACAACGAAGCCAAGCAGGAAGACCCAGCCAAUCCCGGACUCAUCGAAGCGGAUGCCUGGCCAGCACGCCCCCAAGACAUGUACGGACUCGAAAAACUCUACGCGGAAGAAAUGGCUCUUGCGUACGGUCGGGAUUUCGACAUGAACGUGCGCAUCGCUCGCUUCCACAACAUUUACGGUCCCCGUGGUACCUGGAAGGGUGGACGUGAAAAGGCCCCCGCCGCCUUUUGCCGCAAAGCCAUUACCAGUACCGAACACUUUGAAAUGUGGGGUGACGGCAAGCAGACGCGCUCGUUUACCUACAUCGACGAUUGUGUCGAAGGAGUCUUGCGUCUCAUGUUCUCCGACUGCGAUGUACCCAUCAAUCUCGGUAGUACCGAAAUGGUCGACAUGAUUGAAUUCGCCCAAAUUGCUCUCUCCUUUGAAGCAAAGAAACUCCCAAUCAAGCACAUUGAAGGCCCCAUGGGAGUGCGUGGGCGCAACUCCAACAAUAAGCUUAUCAUGGAAAAGUUGGGCUGGGAACCCACCAUGCAAAUCAAGGACGGUCUCCGUUUGACCUACUUCUGGAUCAAGGAACAGAUUGAUGCUGAAGGCGGUGACGGGGCUGCCUAUUCCACGUCGGAGAUUGUCCAGCAGGUUGAUGACACUCUGAUGCAGCUGGGCAACGAGAAGAGCACCGCCAUUGAUCAGUCGGCGUGAAAUGCAGUAAAGGAGGCAUCUCUAUUGCUGACCAUCGAUAAU